CGAGACGCCGGGUUGCGGCGGACGACGGAGAUUCAGCGAUUGGCGAUUCCGGAGCUCGUUCGGGGGAAGUCCGCGGUGUUGCUCGCGGAGACGGGGUCGGGGAAGACGUUCGCGUACCUGCUGCCGAUAUUGGCCGGACGAUGUUGUCCCGCGUGCGUCGCGUUGACGCCGAGCGUGGAGCUGGGGAGACAGGUCGCGCACGCCGCCGAACUCGCGGCGUAUUGGAGCAGCGCGAGCGCGGACGUGCCGACGCCGAGCGCGAUUCCGGAAUUUCGCAACGCCGAUAUCCUCGUGUGCACGCCCGCGCGCUUGCUGAAACUCAUCAAAGACGAGUGGGUGUUGCUCGGUCGUUUGCGUCACGUCGUCGUGGACGAGGCGGAUGAAAUGUUGUCGAGCGGUUUCGCUCGCGACGUCGGCGGUAUCAUCGCCGCGACGUACGGCGAGGGUGGGGUCAAUCGAUUCGACGCGCGCGUGCAGUACGUUUUCGCCGCGGCUACGAUGCGCGAGGCGCAGCCUCUGCUCGACGCAUUUCCGGCGGAAGCGGCGGACGAAUUCGAGUGGAUCUCGACGGCGCAAUUCGGUCGCGUGCAUCCGCAGCUCAAGACGCGCGUGGACGACGUCGACGGUGCCGAGGCGAAAUUCGCCGCCUUGGCCGACGCGCUCGAACGGCACAAACAGUACAAAACGCUCAUCUUCGUCAACUCUCCCGAAGAGGCGGAUGAAGUCGUGCAAAAACUCGACGAGCGCGACGUCGUCGCGCUCGCGUUUCACGGCAAGGCGAAGGAGCGCGGCGUCGUCCUCGACGAUUUCAUCUCCGGUGAGCUCACCACGUGCGUGUGCACCGAUCUCGCGGCGCGUGGAAUCGAUUUUCCGCAAUUACAUCACGUCGUGCAGUACGGCGCGGCGCCGUCCAUGGAGAUGCACGUGCACCGAUGCGGACGCACGGCGCGCACGGGGCAGGAGGGA